CUGGUCAGGCUGCACUUGUCUGUGGAUUUAUUCGAGCAAAGUAAAGCUCUGCAGAGAGGGAGAAAGGCGUUUUUGGACAGUCUUUGUUUCUGACCUACAGACAGUGAGCAUGUCAGCAAGACUAGUGUUUGUAAAAGCCCAUUUUGCUCCCAAGCAAGUUUCUUUUGGUUUCUGCCAGCCUGAUCUAAGGAGAAGUUUAAAUUUAGGAGGGAAGAGGAGGAUGCUCUCUUUUUCUCUCAGAUGCCGACUGGGCAUCAUCCGAGGGAGGACAAAAGAUGAGGGACCAUACUCAAAGGGAAACAAGCAGGCCUCGGCACCUGACCAAUCACAUUUCUCACAGAGGCGCAGCCUUUCAGAAGAGUACAGAGGAGUGACCACAGUAGACCUGAUGAAAAGGGAAGGCAGCAACCUCGGCCUCACCAUAUCCGGAGGCUCCGAUAAGGACGGCAAGCCCAGAGUGUCAAACCUACGGCCAGGUGGGCUGGCUGCCAGGAGUGACCAGCUGAAUGUAGGAGACCACAUAAAGUCAGUGAACGGCAUCAACCUGUCUAAGCUUCGUCACGAUGAGAUUAUCAGCCUGCUGAAGAACAUCGGAGAGCGAGUUGUGCUGGAGGUGGAGUACGAGCUGCCUCCACUUGCAGUCCAGACUCCAUCAGGGCUCACAACCAAAACCACAGAGGUGUGUUUGUUCAAAGAGGGGAACAGUUUUGGUUUUGUCAUGAGAGGGGGCUACCAUGAAGACUGGCGCAGGUCUCGUCCUCUGGUGGUGACCCACGUCAGACCAGCAGGUCCAGCUGACAGGGAGGGCACGCUGAAGGCUGGCGACAGAGUAUUGAGCAUAGACGGCAUGCCUUUAACCAGAGAGAAGCAUGCUGACGCGUUGACCAUGCUGAUGCAGAGCGGCCAGGAAGCUUUGUUCCUGAUUGAGUAUGACAUCUCUGUCAUGGAGGCAGUGCAACAAGCCUCAGGUCCUCUGCUGGUGGAAAUAGUAAAAGGUGCCUCAUCCAGCCUGGGCCUCAGCCUCACUACAGCCAUGUACAGGAACAAACACGUCAUCAUUAUUGACAAAAUAAAGGCGGCCAGCGUGGCGGAAAGGUGUGGCGCGCUGAACGCAGGCGACGUUCUGCUGACCAUUGAUGGAACCAGCACAGAACACUGCUCUCUGAUUGAGGCCUUGCAGCUCCUGGGCAACACCACUGAUGUUGUAAAACUGGAGAUUCUACCAUCCAGUCAGAGCCGACUUCCUAUCCGUCCACAAGACACAGUAAAAGUGCAGAAGAGCAGCCACCAUCACUGGGACCAGAGCAGCAACUUCUGCCUGCCCCCACAUGCCAGCCAUGGCAAGACAUGGAGCAGCCCAGGCCACCCACACAACCAGCAGGACCACUGCAAAUCUCUGGUGAGUGGUGGCUUCUCCCCUUCCUCCACAGCCACGUCAGGCUUCAGCAGCCAGGGGAGCAGUACGCUGCCUUGCCCUAUGGCGCCCACAGCGCCCACCAGCCCGCGCAUUUCAACGGGCAGGAGGAGGAACAGAAAGAAGGACCACAAGAGCUCACUGUCGCUGGCAUCCAGCUCUGUGGGCCCAGGAGGUCAGAUCUUUCAUGUGGAAGUGAUCGAAGUCAUGCUGAGAGGGGAUACUCUCACAGGUUUUGGGAUCCAGCUGCAGGGGGGUGUCUUUGCCACAGAAACCCUCUCUGCUCCCCCCGUCAUCCGCUUUAUCGAGCCCGACAGCCCGGCUGAGAGGUGUGGAUUGCUGCAGGUAGGAGACCGACUCUUGUCCAUCAAUGGCAUCCCAACUGAAGAUGGCACUUUGGAGGAAGCCCACCAGCUCCUCAGAGACUCUGCUUUGACCAGUAAGGUCUCAGUAGAGAUUGAGUUUGAUGUUGCAGAGUCAGUGGUUCCCAGCAGUGGAACCUUCCAUGUCAAACUCCCCAAGCGAAGAGGAAUGGAGCUUGGCAUCACCAUCAGUGCAAGUAAGAAGCCAGGAAAGCCCCUCAUCAUCUCUGACAUCAGAAAAGGCAGCAUAGCACACAGGACAGGCACUCUAGAGCCUGGAGACCGGCUGCUGGCCAUCGACAGCGUGCGCCUUGAGAACUGCACCAUGGAGGACGCUAUGCACAUCCUGGAGCAGGCGGAGGACAUGGUCAAGCUCAGAAUCCAGAAAGACGAGGACAACAUUGAUGAGCUGGAGAUGUCCGGCUCUAUCAUCUACACAGUGGAGCUAAAGAGAUAUAACGGACCUCUGGGGAUCACAAUUUCUGGCACCGAGGAACCUUUUGACCCCAUCGUUAUUUCGGGUCUCACCAAGAAAGGUCUGGCAGAGAGGACCGGGGCCAUCCACAUAGGGGACCGCGUGCUGGCUAUCAACGGGGUCAGUCUAAAAGGCAAAACACUGAGCGAGGCCAUCCACCUCCUGCAGAUGGCCGGGGAGUCCGUCACGCUGAAGAUCAAGAAACAAGCCGACCGCCUGUUGGCUUCACCUCGUUCCCAUGAAUACGACGCCAGGCGGGUUCUGGACAGAGAAGCUGGCUUUUUGAAUGACCUUGACGAUGAACUGAUGGACUCACAUCGACUGGGUAAACACUCCGAGAUCUACUCCGCCACUGUGCCCAGCAUUGAUUCGGCAAUGAGCUCCUGGGAUGGCUCCGGAUGCGAUGCUGGCUACAGUACCCAAGGAACAUAUCUUCACAAAGAUAUGUUGCUGAAUCCCAAUGAAUGGAGGCGAACAAAGUACAGGAGCCCAGUGGGGUCCAGCACUGCGGGACUGAUGCACCAAGCAGGACUCUAUGAUGGCAGACUGACUGAGGAGGACUGGGACAAGAUGCCUGGAUUCAUCAGCCCCCCUCAUUGCCAUGGCACCCUGAACCAGGAGGAUAGCUUCUGGUCCCAGGCUUUGCAGGACCUGGAGACCUGUGGCCAGUCAGAGAUCCUCAGGGAGCUUGAGGCGUCCAUGACAGGUAGUGCUUUUAGUCUGUACCUAGAGGAGACCAAGACCAACGACGACUCCAUGUUUCCAUCAGAAAUAAGUCCCAUUAAAUGUGAAGCCCCAAAGAAUAGGCGCAACCACAGCAUGUCCUCUGGAUCUGAAGACAUGACAUUCCGGUGCAGCAGAGGGUCCGAGGCUUUGUCUUCCACUAGCCUGGCCCUGCACAAGGUGACAGUCAGAAAAGACUCCGAAAGCCACGACUUUGGCUUCAGCGUAUCUGACGGACUUCUAGAAAAAGGAGUUUUUGUCAACAUGAUCCGUCCCGAAGGUCCAGCUGACAAGGCAGGCCUGAAGCCUUACGAUCGCAUACUUCAGGUGAACCGUGUGCGCACCAGGGACUUGGACUGCUGUCUCACUGUGCCCCUGAUCAUGGAAGCAGGUGCCAGCCUGGAUCUGGUCAUUAGCAGGAAUUCCAUGGAAACAGGCGACACCGGGGGUCUGCUUAGCGACCGCAACGACCCUUCCAUCUCGCUGCUCUGCUUCUCUGAGCGCCGCACCAAAAGCAUCGCCUUGUGAGCGAGAUGGACGAGCUGGCGCCUCAACACGUCAUUGCACCUGCUGGACCUUCGCAGCAUCCUCAGACACGGCGACUCUCAGCACUGGGAAACAUCUCUCACUUGCAACAUGGCCGGUGUUAAUCACCCUGUUCACAUGAUACUGGAUUUCAGGCCCCCUCACCACCUCCACUCCAAGGUUAUAUAAUGGAGGAGUCAUCGGUCCUGACUGGACACACACACACACACACACACACACACACACACACGCUGCACUAUUUCUUGCAUUGGCAUGUCAUUAAAGCAGUGCUGUCCCCACAAGGACACACACAUCAUAUUUUACACACACAAAAGGUGUUAGGGUCUUUUAGAAGUUAUUUUCUUGGCCGACUGCCCAUGUUCCCACCACAGUGUCUCCGUGUAGAAUCCUCAGCGCUGCUGGCCAAGCGUCAUAAAAUGUUGCAUCCUUCAGCUCAUAUGUAAUCUCAUGAAUUCUUGCAAAGACAUGUCCUGUCUCUUUUCUGCUGGGCGUCCUUUCGCUCCUUGAUUAGUUUUUUCACUUCACAGUACGUUUAAUAUCACAAUGUCACGUUUGGUUGUGCAGUCAAGCGAUGCCUUUUCAUGUUCACUGAAUGACUUGUAUUUGCUCCUCUUACACUGUGGCUUUUUUUUUUUCUUGUGUUUUUGUUGGACCAGCACCAGGU